AUGAUAGAUACUCCAGGCUCUUCAAAAGAGUCAUACGAAAAGAAUGAUAUAACAAAAUCUUCUGCCAAAUUUAACGACGUAGAUGUCAUAGAUAUCGACAGCGCCGAAAGGAACUAUGAACUACCAACGUCCAGUACCACACACUCAAGAUUUAGAAAUUUUAUUGACUCAUUCAAACCACCCGAAACUACACAUCACAUUGAAACUGAUAUGAAUCCAAUACUGUCCCACCAAUCUGUAUUCGAUGACGCUAAAGUUGAGAUCAGUCAAGUAGAUGAUGAAUUAAAUGAAAAAUUGAAAAAGACUAUUCAGCCUCGUCAUGUUGUCAUGAUGUCCUUGGGUACAGGUAUUGGUACUGGUCUUUUGGUUGGUAAUGGUACUACUUUAGCCCAUGCAGGCCCUGCAGGUCUGGUCAUCGGUUACGCCAUCAUGGCCUCCUGUAUUUACUGUAUUAUUCAAGCUGUGGGUGAAAUGGCCGUCAACUAUCUAACAUUAGUCGGUGGUUUCAAUGCUUAUCCUGGUUUCCUAGUUGACCCAGCUCUAAAUUUUUCUAUUGCCUGGAUUUACUGUAUUCAAUGGUUCUGUGUCUGUCCUUUAGAAUUAGUUACUGCAUCCAUGACAAUCCAGUACUGGACAACAAAAGUCAAUGCGGAUAUCUUUGUUCUAAUCUUUUAUAUCUUGGUGUUAGCAAUCAAUAUCUUCGGUGGUGCAAGAGGUUAUGCUGAAACUGAAUUUAUUUGCAACUCCUGUAAAAUCUUAAUGAUGAUCGGUUUCUUCAUCUUAGGUAUCGUAAUCAUCUGUGGUGGUGCCGGUAAUGAUGGCUUCAUCGGUGGUAAGUAUUGGCGUGAUCCUGGUGCAUUCAGAGGAAGUGACGGUCCAAACAGAUUCAAAGGUGUUGUCAGUACAUUAGUCACUGCUGCAUUCUCAUUCGGUCAAACUGAAUUUUUAGCGAUUACAGCAUCAGAGCAAUCAAAUCCAAGAAAGGCAAUCCCUUCAGCAGCCAAGAAGGUCAUUUACAGAGCACUUCUCAUAUACUUGGCUUCUAUUAUUAUUGUUGGUCUUCUAGUUCCAUACGAUUCAUCCGAGCUUUUAGGUUCCUCUAGUGCCGCAACCAAAGCAUCUCCUUACGUCCUUGCCGUUUCUACUCACGGUGUGCGUGUGGUUCCUCAUUUCAUUAAUGCUGUCAUUCUUAUCUCAGUUUUCUCUGUCGCUGAUUCUGCUUUCUACUCAAGUUCUCGUAUGUUAUUAACCUUGGCAAGACAAGGAUAUGCUCCAAAAGUAUUUACAUUUGUUGACAGAACAGGUAGACCAUCCUUAGGUUUCCUUGUUGGUGCAGUUAUUGCAGUUAUGGCGUUCUGUGCCUGUUCUUCGAAGGAAACCGAGGUCUUCAACUGGUUACUUGCCAUCUCUGGUCUUUCUCAAGUCUUCACAUGGGCUCUUAUCUGUCUCUCCCAUAUUAGGUUUAGAAGAGCAAUGAAAGUUCAAGGUAGAUCGAUUGAUGAAAUUGGUUAUAAAUCUCAGGUCGGUGUAUGGGGUUCCGCAUAUGCUUUCGUCAUGAUGAUCUUGAUUAUGAUUGGUCAAUGCUGGGUUGGUAUCGUCCCAGUUGGUGAAGGUAGCGCAGAUGUCCAGGCAUUUUUCCAAGAUUAUUUGGCUAUGCCAGUCUUUAUUGUUCUUUACCUUGGAUACAAAAUCUGGAAAAGAGAUUGGAGAUUAUUCAUUAGAGCUAAAGAUAUUGACUUAAUUUCACAUAGACACAUCCAUGAUCCUGAGAUUCUAAGACAAGAAAGAGAAGAGUAUCAAGAAAAAUUAAGAAAUGGUCCAGUAUGGCGUAGAGUUUAUGACUUCUGGUGCUAA